UCCACCACAAUAACACCUAUAGCAAUAGACUAGCAUGGAAGUAGAGCUCGUCCUCACAUCUAGAACCGGUGUUUAAUAUUAGAACCGGUUUUUUGAUACUCUUAUCGGCAGGGAUGAGGGGACUACUAUGCGCAUCGCGAAAUACGAAAAGGGAGUUGAAACUUUGAAGAAGUUCGAGAGUCAAGGCUGGUUCGGAGGAAGAAGGGAAUCCAGUCGGUCGAGUAGCAGUCGCUCAAGUAGUCGCUCCGUCAGUCGGUCCUCGUCCAGCCGCGGAUCAGGAGAAAGAAAGACUUCUUCAUCUUCGUAUACAUCUAAGAAAUCCCAAAGAGGUAAGACGAUUACUGUUGGGAAGCAGAAAAUCCACGUUGGAAAAACAGGAAUCAGGGAUCGGGAUGAGACUGGACACCGGACUGGUUUGGGUACCCUCGCAAAGGAGACCAUCAAGAACCCCAAGAAAACCACCAACGCCGUCAAGGAGUUUGCCAAAAGCUACGCGGACAUGCGCAAGAAAAACCUCAAGGGAGGCAACCUCGCCGCUCAUCGCGAGGCCAACAAAAAGGCCACUGAAAAGGCGAAUUCUAAGGUAGCAGGCGCGAUAAGCGCCAUCAGAGAACAGUACAAGAACUUCCGAGUGAAGAAGAACCCGGAUGGAAGCAUACAUCUUGGCGACACAAGGACGAAGAAAGAGAGAGACGCGACGAUGAAUGCGAACAAGAAAGGGCGGGAAGACGCCAAUAAAGGCUGAAUCAGUACCUCUCGGACAGCCGAUGCAAUAGAUUGCGACCUCGCUCUCAGGGUAUUUUUGGUGGUUUUUAAAUGACAGCUAGGCCACCGCCCUCCCAGUAUAUCUGAGGAUAUUAUCACAUCACUACAAAAAGACUAUUAAAUCACACAUCACUUUACCAUAAGGACCACGGGGCAAAAGUGCGCAAAUCACAGCGUCCCUAUGAUCAAGUGAACUAAGCCAAAAACCAAAGAGGCUUGUGUAAAAAUAUCCGAACGUUAUAAGAAGUCUUUAUAUUUUUUUUAGCAUUAGGGCAAACAGGGCGAGACUUGGAUUAGCCUGAAUUUAAAUUCGAAUAAGUUAAAAAAAAAAAGAGCCCUACUGGUGUUCAUCUUUUCCCUA